GGGAGGGGCAUUAUUGUGGUUUUAUUAUUAUUUUAUUUAUUUAUUUAUUUAUUUUUUGUCACCGUCAGCGAGAGGCCUGUCCCUGGUGGUGACCUCCCAUGUGAAAUGAGCCAUCAUUUUAUUUAUUUAUUUUUUUAAAAAGUGGGCGUGUCGUUGAGCUGUUUCUCGCAUCACGUUGGGUCUUUCUGUCUGCUGGUGUCAUAAUAAAUGCGAUGUGGGAAACCAUGGCAAAGCAGCCUCUAAUGAAUAUUUUCGUUGUCUGUCAUCUACGUAGUAAAUCACGUAAGAGCAGGUAUGAGUGCCGCUGACCCUCCCUUUAAACAGGUUUCUCCUCCCUUGCCGCUGUCAUAGGUAAACGGAGCGCGCUCAGUCUUUAGACUUCCAGGGCUAUUCUGGCACGGACUAAGGAUGUUUACAACACAUGUAGCAGUGGAUUUUUUUCCUUUCUUUUUGGCUGGAGUGCCCCUUUAACCUUACUUUCUCCUAAGCGGGUUCAGUCCGAGUGCUUUUAUUUUGAAGACACAGACACCCCAGAGAGAAAACCCGCUAAAGAUUCUGCUGCUGCUGCUGCUGCUGCUUACCCACCCACAGCACAGCGAGGAAGGACGAGGUAGCAGGCGGUGUGGUUGUGCUAUCUGCUACUUCGCCUCCCGCUGACAAUGUGCGGCGCUAAGCUGGAAUUAGCAGCUGUUGGAGCAGCCUGGCUCGAUAAGUCCGCGGUCUGGAGACUGUGGUGAUGGUCCAGGACGUCUACAAGAAUGGUGGCAACUGAGUAAUCAACACUGGCUUGCACGGGCAUCACAAAAUGCUUGGACUUCAGGAAACAAAAUCUGCUGGAACUCCUCCCAGUAAAACAUACAGCUGUGUGGCAUGCUCUGCCACUUUUAAUGGUUUAUCAUCUCUCUUGGUACAUCAGGCUUCUCAUGCCAGUGAAAUCUCUGACCAGAAAGCAGCCACGUUGCCUACAUGCAGUCACUGCGGCGGCUUGUUUGCAAGUCCAGAACUUCUUCAAAAGCAUCACUGCAUGGUAUUACCCCCUCCUGUCACUCAAGAUGUGUACGUGUGUGAUUGUGGAGAAGAGUUUCAUGAACUUGGUGCCAUCCAGGAGCAUAAAAAGAUACAUGAAAUUAAAACACAUGUGAAGCCACAAUCGGACAAGACAAGUAAUGAAACGUCUGAAAGUAAUGAAGAAUCCGAACGUGUCGAACCUUCAGAACUUGCUCAGAUAGACUGCCACUCUCCCCCAGUUGAAGUUCCCUCUAAUGAGAACUUGCCUUCUCAUUGCACUGAUGAGUCACUUCAUCAGAACACACAGACCGCUUCAGAGGAGUGCUUGUCUACUUCAGAUUCUCCUUCUGUUCAUAAUGCCGUAUCACAGGUACAUCAUGAUGAAGGGUCAGAGCCAUCUGACUUAACCUCCCCUCUGGCACACACAGAAGCACAAAACCAGUCCUUAGAGAAUAAAGUUGAAAAUGUAACAUCUGAGAAUACAUGUCUUUCUGACAGUGAGGAAACACCAAAUGAAAAUCAAGAAUCAAGUAAUAAAAAAUCGCUGCUUAAAAUGCUUGCAUCUGCCUACAUGAAUUGUAGGCAGCCAGCUCAGAAGCAAUCGGAGCAAGGCAAGAGGACCCUACCCCCAAGGAAAGUUUCACCAAGGGCACCAGUGCAGGCUCCAGCAGUAAUGUCAGCAUCAAGCUCUGGGUAUUUCAUUAACCAGUUAAUACAAAAGGUCACUAAAUAUGGUCCCGAAAGAGUGGGUUUCAGACAAUCAAGCAACACGCUUAAUGUCAAGCCUGUCAAGAAAAAAAAAAAAAGAAUUGUAUCUACGACCAAGACGCUAUACCCUGUGGUUGCACUUGAGACCUGUCAAAAGCUUGUUAGAGACAACAUUGAGGGGAGGCAUCAGUGCGGUCUCUGCCGGAGAGUUUUUCAAGAUGUGGACAGCUUGAUAAUGCAUCAUGCCUUGCACAAGAAAGAAAGAGUCAAAUUUUGCCGCCGUUGCCGACAGUAUGUGAUAAGUGUCAUUUCCGUUCCACAUAACCACAUCUGUGCUAGCUCUAAUGUUGGAUUUUCCAGACAUUUUACAUUGCUAACGUCAAACAGUCCUACAACGCAGCACUCUCGGAAGUUAUUCCAUUGUACAAAGUGCAAUCGGAGCUAUACACGGAGGCACAGACUUAACAAACACAAUUGUCAAUGGCUAGCCUCUCUUAAACGCUCUGCCCCUGGAGCCCAAAAAGGUGAGAAGUUCAGCAAUUUUGGGGAAGGGUCUAAUGCAGAAAAACAAGUCAUGUCAGUACAGCAGGAUUCAUCAUGCCAGGUAACUGUUGGUGUGAACACAGGGGGCCUUAAACUGGUAAAGACUGAGGAGCACAGCACUGAUUCUCCAUUGGAGGGAAAAUAUCAGACAGGGUUAUCAACAAAACGUCCCCCUCUCAAUUCUGGAGUUCACAUAGGAUCAGCUAAGAGUUUUCCACCAUUUCGUCCAAACGUUUCUAAAUUCAGUUCAGUACAAUCAAGAGAACAUGUUAAUUCAGUUGAGUCUACAGCUGCCCAAGAUGAAAUGAGGCCAGGAAGUGACACUGAAACAGGUGAAUCGUUAGGAGGGAGCCAGUGGACUGUGCCUUUGGAUGAUGCUGAAAUAGAUGUGAUGGACGUUGAUGAAGAAAAACAUGAUUUGAUGGUGGCACCCAAGGACAGCUCUGAUGAGGUUGUUGUCUUAGAACCCACCAUAAAGUGUCCAACCAGUUCAAUACUGUCAUGUAAAGAUUUUCAGGUGCACAUUUCUGCUAGUGGUGUAAAACGUUUUUCGUGUAAUAGAUGUCAGAGAAGCUAUUCCCGACGUUUCACUGUGAGGCAGCACCUUAAGAUUUGUGGAGCAAGAAAAUUAAUGGAGCAACAUUCUUUUGGAAAGGCUAAUAUGAUUGCGUUAAAGAAAAAGUUUCCAUGUCCCAAUUGUGGUGCAUCAUUUACCCGCAAAGACAAUAUGAACAUGCACCGAAAGAGGUGUCAGUCAAUGAGAAGUGCAAGCACUCUGGAGGUGAAUAAGUUGUCUGAGAAGAAAAACCAAGCCUCCCAGGAAAACAUGUUUGUGUUGCCCCCAGUUUCUAAGAACCAAGUAAGACAAGAGAGCAGUAACAAUAAUUCUGGAAGUGGAAACUGGGGGAUUAUGUCAUUACCAUCUGUGCUUCCCAGAAAAGUGACUUGUGAGUGCGGUGCUGCUUUCACUUGCCCCAGGCUUCUGUUUGAGCAUCUGCAAAUGCAUGCGAUGGAGUCCUACAUUUGUUCCCAUUGUGGUGAGAAUUUGCAGUCAUGGGCUGAGUUUGAAGCACACCAAAAAUUCCAUGCACAAACUUCGGUGCAGAAAAGUGAGCAGAAAGUGUCGCAACCACAGCAACCUCAGCUUCAGCAGGUGCCACGUUUUCAGUCGACAGUGCAAAAUCAGAAAAACCAGUCACGUUUAAAUCACAGACCUCUCACAGAACCAUGUGUUUGCCACAGAUGUAAAAAGGUCUUCAGAAGACGGAAAUCUUUGCUGAGACACCUGAGGUUGAGUUGCAGAGGAGAUAUUGCAGGUCAAAACAAGCACUCUUGUUCUCGCUGUGGUAUGACGUUCCAAAGUCCAUUAGCCCAUAAGGUUCACGUUCAGGGCAACACUUGUACACCUUCUUUCAAGCCUAUCCGCUGCCCAGUGUGUGUCCGUUGGUUCAGUUGCGUGGAUGGACUCAAAAGACACUUGGUCUCGCACAGCCAACAAAAGGUUUUGACGUGCCAGAUCUGUGAGCAUAAGUGCUCAAGCCACGAAGAUCUUGAGGAGCAUAAAAGGAGGGUCCAUGGCACAAAGGAAGCUGCUGAGUCACCUACUAUUCAGUCUGCACAUGUUUCACAAAGCAACCCAUCAAAUGCCUUUCAGUGCCAGAUAUGUCAACGCAGUUACUCAAAACUCCAGUCCCUGAAGGAUCAUCUAAGGAAAGUCCAUCGACCGCAAGGUCUAAACCCAGGCAGCGUUGGUGUUUUAGAGCCCAAAGCUGGUGGACUUCAGUCAUCAGUAGGGACUGUGCAGCAAGGCCAGUCCAAGCAGUUUCAGUGUCACAUUUGUUCACGUACCUACCCAGAUAUUCAGUCCUUGAAAAAUCACAAGAGGAGGGUUCAUCGCAUUCUAGGAAGUGGAAUUCAGCCAUCAAAAGGAACUCUACAGCAAAGCCAUUCUAAUCCGUUUCAGUGUCACAUCUGUUCACGGAGCUACCCUGACUUGAGGUCCUUGAGGAACCAUAGAAGGCGAGUCCACCGCAUUCUAGGUGGUCUUGAGAUGUUCAAGGGAAUCGUUCAUCAAACCCAGGGCAACCCAUAUAGGUGUCAAAUUUGCCAGCGGAGUUAUCCAGAUGUAAGGUCGUUAAAGAACCACAGAAGGAGGGUGCACCGUAUUUUAGGGGAUGUGCCAGAGUCUGCAAAAGUGACUGCUACAGAUGUGGAACAGUCAGACGUUAAGUCAGAGCCUCUUGAUGUUACUUUAUCUCCAAGUACGGCUCCUGAGACUGCAGUACAAUAAGUGAGCAACGAAGAUCAUUUCAGCACAAUGCUGAAUUGACUCGGACUUAGAUUGAAGGAACAGAGAUAAAUUUGAAUCUCAGUUCAGUGCGAGGGGAAUCCCACUGAAUUUAUAGUUUCUGCAUAAUUAAAUUAAGAUCUGAUGUGAAAUGCACCAUUCUGGAGAAAAUUACAAAGUCACAGUUGUUCAUAGCAGUGGUUAAAUGAACUAGGUGUCUGAUUUUAAUGUCUCUAAUAACUACUUCACAGGAAACUAUUACAUGAAAUGGUUACCUGUGCAUUAUCUGAUAUGAGAUUUUAUGGUGGCUUUGUGAUAAGACUGUAAGCUAAAACUUAUUUUUUAAAAAUCAUUUGUGGCAGAGAGGUACAGAAAGUUAAAGAGCAAAAUGGAACAAGUAUUAGAAAACCUUAGCUUCAUAAAAUUACCACUACUUUAGGGCUGCAUUGUAUAAGAUUUUUAUUUAUAAAAUUGAAAGAAGUAGCAUUACUGACUUAGAAGAAUAUGUUUUCAGUGCACUUCUAGAAGGGUCUGAUUUAGUGGGAGUCUUUGGGACCACCUGCUAUGUCAUUACAUAUUGACGUCACCUGCACAGUUUUAAAAAGAAGGUCGGCUUGAUGUUUAGGUCUCAAAUGCAAAAUCAACAUCAUACUAAUGAAGAUAGGAUAACAGUGGAUAAUUUACUCACAUCCUCGGAAGACACGUCCUUCACAGAGUUUUGAGCGAGUUCUCUUUGAAUGCUCUUUCAACAUGCUCACAAAUAUUAGAUACAUCUGCUCGUUGGGUUCCAAAACACAGCCAAUGUUAGUUCUUUUGCACAUUGUGUGCAAUUACACAUUUCCGUCAGAGAGGUCUCCAAAUCCCCUAAACUUACAUUGUGUAGCUUCAACAUUGCUAUAUUUUAGAACAAAACAGAUGAUAUCAUUUUGGAUAGUCACUAAAGUGGCUGUAUGUGCGUCGUCAGCAUCACAACCCCAGUGCUUAUCACCGAAAUUCAAAAUCGAUAAGUUUCUCUGCACUUACAAUUAUUCUGAAUAGUCGUAUUUAUAUCUCAUUGAUUUAUUACGCAGAAAUCUUUAAGAAGCAGUGGAAUUCUUCUUGAUGUGCUAAGACUGUGUAUAGUGGGAUUAUGUGUAUGUGCACUUAACUUUUUCUUUAAGUUGGAAAGUAGUAAAGUUAUAGAUGCAAAAUAGUUAACAUGUAAAUAUGACAGACGGAUAGAAAACUCUUUUCUGUACUCGUUUCAUUGGUAGUUCCAGGUGUUUACCUUGUCUUGAAAUGUAAAUAUAUCUCCUGUCUCUAUCUUUCUUUCUCUCUGUCUCUCUUUCUCUCUCUCUAUCCCUUUCUCUCUCACUCUCACACACCUGACAAACAUCUGAAAAUAAAUUGUUGGCAAAUGCAUGCACAGCUUUUUUAUAAAAAAAAAAAAAAACAGAUUGCAUUGUAGAUAAAGGUUUUGUUUGUAACUUCGGUGCGUUGUCUGUACUGGACACAGUUUUAAUGGAAACGUUUUGAAGCGUUAGUUCCUCAAUACUGUAUCAAUAAAUACUGUGGUGUUCUUC